AUGUCAUCCUCUCAGUCUUCUCAAUCCGACGGUCUCACCGCAGCUGUCGCCACGCCGCCAGAGGCGAGUGGAGGCGCGCCGGCGGAGCCGCACGCAGGGAACGCGCAAGCCGCCAAAGCGCCGUAUAAGAUGCCCACACCGGAGGAGAUGGCGGCUCAGGAGAUGAUGAAUCAUUGCGGCGUACGAACCGUUAUUAGCGGCGUGAUGGGCGGAGGCAUGGGGGUGAUGAUGGGUCUGCUGUUCGGCGCGUUGGACCAGCCGUUGCAUGUGGAGGAGAUGAGCACGCGGCAGCAGCUGGUGCAUGGGUUCAACCCCUGCUCUGCAUGUGGAGGCGAUCAGCACGCGGCAGCAGCUGGUGCAUGGCUUCAAGUAGAUGGCGCAGCGCAGCUGGCACACGGGCAAGACCUUUGCAGUCAUGGGGAUGAUGCUUUUCUUCUCUGGUUCCCCACCCAGCACCCAACCUUCCAUGCAGAUGGCGCAGCGCAGUUGGCACACGGGCAAGACCUUUGCCGUCAUGGGGGCGAUCUUCUCGGCAUCGGAGUGCAUGGCGGAGAAGGCGAGGGCGAGGCAUGA